AUGGAUGUGUUGGGGGCUUCUUCGGCUUCUCGCCGCCGGGCGUUUGAGAGUCGUACGACUCGCUCGUCUCCCGCGGCCCGCUCCUCUCAUCACCACCACCAGGGCUUCAGUUCGUCUCCGGCCGCCCGCUCCUCCCAGCAGGGCUUCAGGUCGCGUUCCUACAGCUCCAGGACCCCCGGCACCAUGACGACGACCCCCGGCUCCAUGACGACGCACCGGAGCCGCAACUACACCCCCAAUUACAGCGAUGGCAGUAGUGGUAUGGAGCUGGUCCACAUCAGCAGUGAUCUCCAUGCGCCUCCUCGCUCCAACGAGAAGGAGCAGCUGCAGGGCCUCAACGAUCGCUUCGCCUCCUACAUAGACAAGGUGCGUUACCUUGAGGACCAGAAUAAGGUUCUGGAGGGCGAGAUCUCGGAGCUGCGUCAGUCUCACGCGUCCCAGUCUCACCUGAGUGACGCGUACGAGCCGGAACUGGCCCAGCUGCGGGCCGCCAUCGAGGCGCUACAUCGCGAGAAGACCCAGAUCAUUCUAGAAGCGGAACACAUCGAGGAGGACAUGCACCGCAUGAGCGCUCGUUACGAAGAUGAGGCUCGCUGCCGAGAGAGGAUCGAACGCGCCCUCAAGGACAUCAAGAAGGAACAGGAGCAGUGUGAGAUGAUGCGAUUGGACCUGGAGAAGAAGGCGGGUUCUCUGGCUGAGGAGGCGGAGUUUCUACGCACCAAUCACCAGGAGGAAGUUACGGAACUCCUCGCACACCUGCAGGAAGCACAGAUACCUGUAGAGGAGAGAGAGGUGAGCCGCACGGACAUCACGUCUGCGCUGCGUGACAUCCGAGCCCAGCUGGAUGGCCUGAGCGUGCGGAACCUUGAGCAGGCGGAGGAGGUGUUCCAGAACCGAUACGCCAAACUGACGGACGCGGCCGAGCAGAACAAGGAAGCCAUGCGGGCCGUGAGGGACGAGAUCCACGACUACCGACGCCAGCUGCAGGGCAAGAGCAUCGAGCUGGAGGCCCUGCAGGGCACCAGGGAGUCUCUGCAGCGCCAGAUUGGGGAACUGGAGAACAGGCACCACGUGGACCUGGGCAGCUACCAGGACAUGAUUGGUCAACUGGAGAGGGAUCUGCAGGGCAUGAAGAGAGAGAUGUCUCAUCACCUGCGUGAAUAUCAGGACCUUCUGAACGUCAAGAUGGCGCUCGACGCAGAGAUCGCCGCCUACAGGAAGCUGCUGGAGGGGGAGGAGACUCGCUUCAGGGCAUUCGCCGAUUCCUUCCCAAGCCCCGCCCUGCCCUACAGGCAGCCAAUGGCGUUGGCCCGAUCCAAACAGGAAGCCGAGGAGGACGACCUGAACGACGACCUGGCAGCCGUCGCCGAGGAGAUGGAGAACGACGGAGGAGAGGAAGAAGAAGAGGAGGAAGAGGAAGAGGAGGAGAAGGAGGUGGUGAAGGCAUCGAAAGGGCGUAAAGUGAAAGGAUCAAAGGAGGCUUCUCACGAGGGUUCUAGAGCAGGAUCUAAAGAGGCUUCUAAAGAGCAUUCUAAAGAGGGUUCUAGAACCGGAUCUAAAGAGCAUUCUAAAGAGGGAUCCAAAGAAGGAUCUAAAGAAGGAUCUGAGAAGGGAGAGGAUGAUGAUGAGGAGGAGGAGGAGGAGAGGAAGAGUGAUUCUGAAGAGCAGGAGUCAGGAAAGGGGAAGAAGAGCGAGGACGACGACAGGGAAUCCGUUUCCAAGGCAACCAAGAAGGAGCCCAAGAGCCCCAAAAAGACGAUGCCCGCCAAGGGAAAGUAG